AUGACCAAGUUGCGCGACCGAGAGAACUCGGAGGAUUUCCUUGGCGCUCCCAUAUCAAGGUGCACCGUCAUGUUCUGCUCCCUGGAGCCCAAGGAGCUGUUCAGGUCCAGGUCCUCAUCAGAGACCUUCGAGCUCCUCGACCAGCUCUUCGAGAAGUUCGACGAUGCAGUGGAGGACUUUGGCAUGCACAAGUAUCAGCAUGUGGGAGAUUGGUACAUCAUCACGUGCCCGAGGGCUGCAUCGCCGUUCGACGAGGAAGAGCAGUCUAGGCUGUAUCCAGACUGCUACUACGAGUCCAUGGUGAUGCUUGCCAUCCGGCUGAUGCAGAUUGCCUCCAAGCACGUCAUCGACGGGCAGCAGGUCGGGCUCAAGGUCGGGCUGCACAGCGGGCCAGCAGCAGGCGCUGUGAUAGGAAUGAUCCGGACCUUCUACUGCGUGUAUGGUGACACGACCAACACGGCGGCAAGGAUGUGUAAGUACGCCUCCUUCAACCAGAUCCUCUGUACAGAGACGUUUGCUGACUCGAUCAAGAAGACGGGGACGAAGAAGGUGCAGGUGAACGACCUGGGGAAGAUUAAGGUGAAGGGAAAGGGGCUCAUGAAAGUUUUCUCCCUCGCGCACAUAGAC